UUCUCUGUCAUGUUCUCUUUCGUUUGUCUCUCUUUCCCCACACUUCACUCACAGACGCAUAAACAACAACAACAGCCUAUAUAGCGUCGAUUUCUUCGAAGUGUUUGGGUUUGAAAAAAUCCACAAAAACGAAAAAAAAUGCUCGAAGCUUACAAGAACAGCUCAAUCGAUUGGAAGCCAUCUCCUGUAGUAGCCCUAGCCACCAGCGCCGACGACUCCCAAGUCGCCGCAGCUCGCGAAGACGGCUCCCUCGAGAUUUGGCUCGUCUCUCCCGGCUCCGUCGGUUGGCACUGUCAGCUGACGAUUCAUGGAGACCCUAACUCGAGGAUUUCUUCGCUUGUGUGGUGUCGAGCUGGUUCUAAAGGCUUGCCUUGUGGUCGGUUGUUCUCGUCUAGUAUCGAUGGUUCGGUUUCCGAGUGGGAUCUUUUCGACUUAAAGCAGAAGACUGUGUUAGGUUCAAUUGGGGUCUCGAUUUGGCAGAUGGCCAUGGCGCCCUAUAUUGAGGGUGUAGUUGAUACAAAGCCCAAGCCUGAGCAUUUGGUAAAUGGGUUUUUAAAUGACAAGGGGGAGGAUGAUGAUGCUGAUGAAACCAGUGAUAGUGAAGAUGAUUCUGACUCGGAUGAGCUUCAAGAGCAACCUGUCAUUGAGCUUCCUCGUCUAGCAAUUGCUUGUGAUGAUGGUUCUGUGCGAAUAUACAGUAUCUCUGAUUCGGAUGAAUUGGUAUACACUAAAUCAUUGCCCAGGGUCAGUGGACGUGUUUUAAGCGUGACGUGGAGUCCUGAUGCAAAAAUGAUAUAUUCAGGGAGUAGUGAUGGGUUUAUAAGAUGCUGGGAUGCCAACUAUGGUCGUGAGAUCUACAGGAUUACAGUUGGACUUGGAGGUUCAGGUAGUGGACCAGAACUGUGUGUAUGGUCAUUACUAUCAUUGAGGUGUGGGACCCUUGUUAGUGCAGAUAGUACUGGUAGUGUCCAGUUUUGGGACAGUCAGCAUGGGACGCUUUUGCAGGCGCAUUCACUUCACAAAGGUGAUGUGAAUGCUCUGGCAGCGGCUCCCAGCCAUAACAGGGUGUUCUCAGCGGGUUCCGAUGGUCAGGUUAUUCUGUAUAAGCUCUCCAGCCAGAAAGUUGGACCUAGUGAUGACAAGGCUUCCUCUAUAGUGAUGAAGAAAUGGAACUACAUUGGUUAUGUAAGAGCUCAUACACAUGAUGUCAGGGCUAUGACUGUAGCUGUUCCAAUCAGCAGGGAAGAUCCAUUGCCGGAUGAAAAGAUAAAAAGAAUUCGUCAUAGUGAGAAGCCAAUUGAAUUUAGUUACCAUAAGUGGGCCCACUUGGGAGUUCCUAUGCUUAUCUCAGCGGGUGAUGACACAAAGCUUUUUGCAUACUCUGUGAAUGAGUUCACCAACUUCUCUCCUCAUGAUAUCUGCCCUGCACCUCAGAGGGUACCCAUUCAACUGGUGCAUGAUACGGUUUUCAAUAAAAAACCGCUGCUUCUGGUCCAGAAUUCCCAUUGGUUAGAUAUUUCCUGUGUACGCACAAAAUGUGUUGCCUUUCCUGACAUGGCUUGUGGACCUUCUGGGGGCCUUGCAAUGACAGAUCUGCUAGCUCGAGUUAAAACAAAGGCAUCUCGGAAGAUUAUUUGCAGUUCUAUUUCUAAUUCAGGGGCUUUUUUUGCAUAUUCCGAUCAUGUGAGACCCAGCCUAUUUGAAUUGAAGAUGCAUGAAGUUGGAAAAAGUACAUGGACUGUUAAAAAAAAGCAACUUCCUCCAGGAAUACCGUUUGGCCAUUCAAUGGUUUUUAGUUUUGAUUCCUCUCGUUUGAUGAUAGCUGGUCAUGAUAGAAGGAUAUAUGUUGUGGAUGUUGGCAGCUCACAAUUAGUCCAUACCUUCACACCAUGCCGUGAAUUGCGUGAUGAGCAAUUACCACCUAGUGAGCCUCCUAUCACAAGAAUGUUUACAAGUUCUGAUGGACAGUGGCUAGCUGCUGUUAACUGCUUUGGAGAUGUGUAUAUAUUUAAUCUGGAGAUUUUAAGGCAGCACUGGUUCAUUUCAAGAUUGGAUGGUGCUGCUGUUACAGCUGGUGGUUUUCCUCCAAGGAGCAACAAUGUGCUUAUACUUACAACCUCUUCAAAUCAGGUCUAUGCCUUUGACGUAGAGGCCAGGCAAUUAGGAGAAUGGUCGAUACAACAUACAUUUGUUCUGCCAAAGAGAUAUCAAGAAUUUCCUGGGGAAGUCAUAGGGCUUUCUUUCUUGCCCUCAUCGAAUUCGACAUCUGUUAUCGUUUACAGUGCCAGGGCUAUGUGCUUGAUUGACUUUGGGAAGCCAGUAGAGCGAGAAGAUGAAAUUGAGUUGGUAAAUGGUCAGGAUACAGCAUUGAGGAAUUUACAGAAUACUCCUAUCAAAGGGAGACUGAAACGUAUAUUCAGAGAUGGUCAGACAGAGACCAAACUCAACAGUAGAAAAAAUUUUGAGUUUUUUUCUUUCAGAAAUCCUGUUUUAUUUAUUGGACACCUUUCGAAAAACUCCCUGUUGAUCCUAGACAAACCAUGGAUGGAAGUGGUUAAAACAUUGGAUGCUGCGCCUGUUCACAGACAUGUAUUUGGGACAUAAUUUGCUUUUCAAAAGAGUUUUGUUUACGUCCUUUGAGGGGGGAUUCAAAUGUGGCAACCGCUGCUUUUCUCCUUGGUGUUGGGGGUCUAAAGCAGGUUUUGUAUUGUAUGCCUUGAAUAAUUCUUAUUAACCUGUUAAAAUAGUAAUUUUUAGUCUCAGUAAUUCAUUUUCAUUUACAAGAUUCUUCUUGUCAUU